GUUUUUCAUUUUGUCUUGUCACCUGAUUUUCAGAUGAACACAUCUCAAGUGAAAAUGGCUAAGCUUCUUGGCAUGACACUGGGAAAAGAGCACCCACGCAACCUGAUUCCAGAACUCUGCAAGCAAUUCUAUCAUUUAGGCUGGGUAACCGGGACUGGUGGAGGCAUCAGCCUCAAAUAUGGGGGUGAAAUCUAUAUUGCUCCAUCAGGUGUUCAGAAGGAGAGGAUCCAGCCUGAUGAUUUGUUUGUCUGUGACAUAAAAGAACGUUACAUCUCUGGCCCUCCACUCUCAAAGAAGCUGAAGAAAAGUCAGUGCACCCCUCUUUUUAUGAAUGCUUACACCAUGCGAGGAUCUGGAGCAGUAAUACACACGCACUCUAAAGCUGCUGUCAUGGUAACGCUUCUCUUCCCGGGAAAGGAAUUUCAAAUUACUCAUCAAGAAAUGAUUAAAGGAAUCAGGAAAUGUACGUCUGGAGGCUGCUACAGGUAUGAUGACCUGCUGGUGGUCCCUAUCAUAGAGAAUACACCAGAGGAAAAGGAUCUGAAGGACCGGAUGGCACGUGCCAUGGAGGAGUACCCAGAUUCCUGUGCUGUACUGGUUCGGCGCCAUGGCAUCUAUGUAUGGGGGGAGACGUGGCAAAAUGCUAAAACAAUGUGUGAGUGCUAUGAUUAUCUGUUUGACAUAGCUAUACAAAUGAAACAGUGUGGCCUUGACCCAUCUCGCCAGCCAGUGGAAGAAAGGGGCAUUAUCUAAGGUGACUCCAUCAGGCAAUACCUUUGGUCCAUUGCAGAGCUCCACUGUAAAUCCGAAGGCCUGUGCUCAUGAUGGAACUAUCUUUGAUCACUGACUACUACAUGAACUUUACAACCCGGCUGACAAUAUGAACGGAGCUUAACUACAGCACAAGUGAAUAGUCACAUUGAUGUCAGAUAUCCAUGUGCAGAUAGUUUUAUGCAACCUACUCCAUGGUCUCUUAAUCGCUAACAUUAGGACUCAACAAAAUUGAGUAUUUUGUUGUUAAAUCAAGUUCAAAGACUGUGCUCUGGUGUAAGUGGCCACAAAACUGCUAUUAGGCACAUUAACCCCAAGCCCUGUAUAUUUAAAUAUGAUGCAGGUCAAUCAUGAGAGAAAGUAGUCAGUCACUUCUUUAGUCUUAUAAGUACUUUUCUCCAGGUAAUUUUAACCUGGAACAUAGCUUAGUUGUAAUGCUAUUGCAUAGUAAACCAGUCUAAUUCUCAGGCUAAUUUUCUGGAAGAAAACAAGAAUCAGAUGUCAUAGCAGUUGGUGGAAUUUACCUUCAAUCAAUUCAUAUCUCAGUGGCGGUGACAUGAAACUAUCAGACUGUCAUGAAAUCCUGUCUGUUUCUUUACCAUCCUUAUCUCGCCUGGCCUACAUCUGUCUACAGAUGGACAGCAAUAUGGUCACCUCAUAACUGUCCUCUGAAAUGGCAUAAAAAGCCACUAAAUUAUAUGGAAUCACUGCAGAAAAGUUGAAGAAUAAAAUCAGCUCAAUAUCAACCUAGACUGUGAAAAUUAUAAAUGCACACCAUUCCCAGUCAAGCGUUAGUAGUCCUCGCCAUUAACUUGAGGCCUGCGCCAAAAUUGAGAGAGCUGUCCCACAGCCUAACCAAGCAAUAGGUUGGCAGUCAUACUCACAGAAUUAUCCCUUAUAGAAACUGUCAGAGACUCUUCCAUCACCAUCCCUGGCAUUCCAGUGGCCAAACAGACCCAGCAGGGAUAGCAGGUUUAUAGCCACGACAGAUUUGAUUUGGGAGACCUCAACAUUAGCUUCAGAGCCCAUGACAUCUCAUGGAGUCAGAUCAAACAUGGGCAAGGAAAGAAAAACUUCUCCUGAUUAUCACCUAUCUGUGUAUCGACAAGAGUGACUGAGCUGGUCAAGUCCUAAAAGACAUCUGUACCAAACUGGACUUGCAACAGGUGGUCAAACAACCAACAAGAUGGAAAAACCUACUUAGAGUCGUAGAAUCCUGACAGUGUAGAAGCAGGCCAUUCAGCCCAUCGAGUCCAUACCAAAUCUCUGAAGAGCAUCCCACAUAGACCCACCCCUUCCACCCUAACCCUCUAAACCCUUAAUUUCCUAUGCCUAACCCAACUAGCCUCCACAUCCCUGGACACUAUGGGCAAUUUAACGUGGCCAAUCCACCUAACCAAUCCACGUCUUUGGACUGUGGGAGGAAACCGGAGCACCCGGAAUAAACCCACACAGACACGGGGAGAAUGUGGAAACUCCACACAGUCACCCAAAUGCUGGAAUAAAACCCAGGCCCCUGGUGCUGUGAGGCAGCAGUGCUAAUCACUGAGCCAACAUGCUGCCCCUUUACCUCACAUUCAUCAAUUUACCUGUCACAGAUGCAACUAUCAGUGCAACGCACGGUCUUUGUGGAGACAGAGGUCCCACCUUCACCAGACUUGUUUCAAGAAUGGUGGGACUGGACUAUGAAGAAAAAUUGGGAAAAUGAAACUGUCUACUCUAGCAUUUUGAAGUGUUAGGAGGUGAUCCUGUUGAAACUUAAGAAGGCUAGACUCAGUAGAUGCAAGUAAGAUGUUUCCCCUGGUUGGCGAAUCUAGAACCAGGGAGCACCAAUUAAAAAAAGGGGAGUGCCACUUAAGUCUGAGCUGAGCAAAAUCUGUUUUACUCAGAGGGUUGUGAGCCUUUGGAAUUCUCUACCACAGACGUCUGGGGAAGCUCAGUCUUUGAGUAUGUUUAGGUAGAGAUCCAUAGAUUUCUGAUUACCAGUGACAUCCAGGAGUAUGGAAUGGCUUGAGUAAAAGACAUUCCAGUGUUUGAUCACCCAUGAUUGUAUUGAAUGGUGGUGCGGGCUUGACAAGCUAAAUAAUCCAUUUCUGUUCCUGUGCUUUACAGUAAAUGAGCACUUAAAUGGUGCUAAAUGCGUUAGAUUUUGAGCAUGUAUAGCUCAAAACUGGGUACAACUGGAUACACUGCAGCAAAAGCAGAUUCAUUCAACCAUAUCAAUAAGCGUGGUUCAGUAAGGAGUGUGGGUGAUCAUACCAGGAGUGGCACCAGGCCUACCUAAACUGAGGUGCCAACUUAGUGAAGCUACACAUGUGCCUGUAUGCAGAACAGCAAAAACUCCCUGCUAUUGGCAGAGAUAAUUGAUCAACGACUGCUGUAUAUGUACGCUAUGCAAUCCUGCCACAUCAAGUUGCCAGUCAGUGGACAAUUAAAAUGCCUAUCCAGAGAGUCAGAGGCUCCACAAAUAUCCCAAUCCUCAGUGAUGAGCAAGCCCAGGAUGUCAGUGCAAAAGACAAAGCUGAAGCAUUGCAGUCUUCAAUACCUUUGCCUAAGAUCCCAGUAUCACAAAUGUCAAUCUGUGUAUGGGGGCUGUCCCAAGUUAUUUGCAGAUCUAGCCGAACAGUUCCAAACCUAUUAUCCUAAUGUAGAUAGUGUGUAAUAUUUGCACGGGUAUGUCCAUGCAGAAAAAGCAGGAUAAAUCCAAUCUGGCUAACUACUCUCCCAUCAGUCUAAAGAUGGAGAGAGUUGUGAACAGUAUUAUUAACAAUAACCUGCUCAUCGGUGUUCACUUUGAAUUCUACCAGGGCACUUAGCUCCAGACCUCAUUACAACCUUGGUGCAAACAUGGACAGAAAGCUAAGUCCUUGACAUCAAAGCAACAUUGACUGAGUGAGGCAUCAUGGUGUUUUGGUUAAAUUGACAUUGAUGGGAAUGAGAGGGAGAAAUCUUUGCUGGUUGGAGUCAUACACUCACCCAGUGAAACAUGGUUGUGGUGGUUGGAGGACAAUCAUCUCAGUCCCAGGACUUCACUUUCAGAGUGGUGUCCUUGACCCAACCAACUUCAGCUGCUUCAUCAAUAACCAUCCUUCCCCCAUAAGGUCAGAAGUGAAGAUGUUCUCCGAUUAUUGCAAUAUUUAGCACCGUUCACAACUGCUCAGGCAUUGAAACAGUCUGUGCAAGCAUGUAGCAAGACCUGGACAACAUUCAACUUAGGCUCAUAAUUGGUAACGUACUCAUCACGCAGGUACCAGGAAAUAAUCACCUCUAACAAAAGAGAAUCUAAUUAUUUUCCCUCAACAUUCAAUAGUAUUUCCAGUACUGAAUCCCCCAGUAUCCGAAUGCCAGAAUUGCCAUUGAGCAUAAACUGUACUGGACCAGAAGAAUAUAUAUACUGUUGUUACAAAAACCUUUGAUUCUCCAAAUGAGUCUCCAGAUCCUGUCCACCAUCUACAAGUUAGGGCUGUGAUGGAAUGCUCUUCAUUUAUCUGGAUGAGCUGCAUCUUCAACAAUCUCAAAAAAACCUAACAUCAUCCAGGAUGAAGCAACCCAUUAAUUAGCACCCUGACCACGGCAACUCAUGGUGGCAAUGGAGUGUAUUUUCUACAAGUGUCACUGCAGCAAUUUGCUAAGUCGCCUUUGACAGCACCUCCGAAAACCAUAACAUUUGCCACCUAAAAUGACUAGAGCAGCAGAUGCAUGGAACCACACUGCUGGCAAGUGCCCCUAUAACCCACCAAUCAUCCUACUUGGGACUGUUUCGUUGUUCCUUCACUGUCCCUGGAUUAAAGUCCUGGCACUCCCUCCCUUACAGUUCUGUGGCUGUACCUACAUCCCAUAAACUGCAGUGGUUCAAGAAGGAAGCUCGCCACCUUUUCAAGAUUUGAAUAAGAAAUGUUAGAUUUGCCAGCAAUAGGGUAUAGGCCAGCAAUGAAAAAUAAAUCACUGGUUUAAUACUAAACUAUGAUGUAACUGUAAAUUCAAAUAUGGUUUCACACAUACAAAAUCUAAAUUGUUACGAUGCAUGAUGGGUGAAAUCACGUUGUUAGCCCGUACUUAAUAUCUUGAAUAUAAUUUGAAAUAAAUUUUUGAAAAUUUUGUAAAGGA